AUGGCGCAACAAACACUCACCCAUGUUCCAUUCAUCUACCGCUUCGUGUUCCUCUGGUUUGAACCAGCAGCUGCAUUCUUAGGCUCCAUCCUGUUAUGGACCGACCCCGCCAUGGUUCUCAACACCAUGAGCCCUGGAAGUACAUAUGCGCCCGACAACAAAGUCAUGUACGACCAAGUAGCAGCAACAUACACGCUCUUCGCAUUCAAUGAGGCUGUUCUACUAAGGACUACAAACGACCUACGCGUCUGGCGCACUGUCGUUAUCGGAAUCUUGAUCUGUGACGCGCUGCACGUGUAUGCCAGCUGGGCUGCGCUAGGGAGCGUCUUCUGGAGUCCUGCGGCGUGGAGAUGGGAGGAUUGGGUCAAUUUGGGGAGUCUGGGGGGUCAGGCUGCCGUGCGUGUCGCGUUCAUGGCGGGUGUUGGGCUGGAGGGAAAUGUUCGUGUUAAGCAGGAUUAA